AUGAAAUUGUAUCAACAUUCAACACAAUGUCCAAUGGCUAUUCAAUGGUUUCUUGAUGAAAAUCCUGAUUAUUGGCCUUUUAUUCCAACAAAACUCACUCCAAUGCAAGUACAAACAAAAGAAGAAAUAGAGGAUACCGCUCUAUUUACUUAUGCUAAUGAUGUGCCUCCACCACCACCCAAUUAUAUAUUUACUUAUGAACAAAAACUAGCUAUUGACCGUUUUUUUCAUGAAAAAAAAUAUUUAAAUUCCCCAAAUGAUCGUCUUGACUUAUAUCAUGCUGCUAUUAUUGCUGUAUUGCCACAAAAUACGUCUGAUCGCUUACGACGAUUCAUUGAAGCUUUAUUUAUUACACAUGCUGAAACAAAACUUAACAGUAUUGGUCAUAUGGAUGAGUUCAUAUUCUCAAACGACUUACAAGAAACUUCUUCGAUGAAUAAUGUUGAAUGGUGUCACAAUCUUAUUCGUCGGAGCAAUGAAGCUUCAAAGAAUUGA